CUCCGCCAGAGCAGCACAGCCAUGAGCCAGCCGAGCUCCCCGUCCUCCAGACCCGCGCCCGCACUCCGCCCGUGCGCCUGACGCGCGCGCUGCGCCGCGCUGCGCCGCGCCGCGACGCGCCGCGACUGACGCGCCGCCAUGAAGAGGCAGAACGUGCGGACGCUCGCGCUCAUCGUCUGCACCUUCACCUACCUGAUCGUGGGCGCCGCGAUCUUCGACGCGCUCGAGUCCCAGAAGGAGACGAGCCAGUGGCGGGAGCUGGGCCUGCGCAAGGCGGAGCUGCUCCGGACCUUCAACCUGUCCGCGGGCGACUUCGACGAGCUGGAGAGGGUGGUGCUGCAGCUCAAGCCGCACAAAGCCGGCGUGCAGUGGAAGUUCGCCGGCUCCUUUUACUUCGCCAUCACUGUGAUCACGACCAUAGGAUAUGGCCAUGCAGCCCCCAGCACGGACGGAGGCAAGGUGUUCUGUAUGCUCUACGCCCUCCUGGGCAUCCCUCUCACCUUGGUCAUGUUUCAGAGCGUGGGUGAGCGGAUCAACACCUUUGUCAGGUACCUGCUCCACCGCCUGAAGAAGUGCCUUGGCAUGAGGCAUACUGAGGUCUCCAUGGUCAACAUGGUGACAAUCGGUUUCAUAUCCUGCAUGAGCACAUUGUGCGUAGGGGCACUGGCCUUCUCCCACUUUGAGGGAUGGAGCUUCUUUCAUGCCUACUACUACUGCUUCAUCACGCUCACCACCAUUGGCUUCGGGGACUAUGUGGCGCUGCAGAACGAGCAUGCUUUGCAGACCAAGCCAGAGUAUGUGGCCUUCAGCUUCAUCUACAUCCUGACUGGUCUGGCUGUGAUCGGCGCCUUCCUCAACUUAGCAGUGCUGCGCUUCAUGACGAUGAACGCCGAGGACGAGAAGAGGGACGCGGAGCAGAGGGCUCUCCUGGCUCACAACGGUCAGGCAGGCGGACACAUCCACUGCUCCGUGGAUCCGGCCUCGACCUCCUCCACACCGUCCGGAUGUGGUGGAGGAAGCGCAGUGGGAGGCAGCGGGGGACGAGGUCUACGCAACGUUUACGCCGAGGUGCUCCACUUCCAGUCCAUGUGCUCCUGCCUUUGGUACAAGAGUAGGGAAAAACUGCAAUACUCUAUUCCCAUGAUCAUCUCACGUGACCUCUCCACCUCGGACACCUACAUGGAGCAGGGAGAGGCUUUUUCCAACCCCCUCCACUCUAAUGGCUGUGUGUGCAGCAUGCAGCCUCACUCGGGCAUCAGCUCGGUUUCCACUGGUCUGCACAGCAUCAAUACCUACAGAAGACUCAAUAAACGCAGAAGCUCCAUCUAAAACACGAGGUGUUCAUGCUUUAAGGUCAAGUCCCACUUGUCUACCAUGUGGAGAGGAAGGGCCCUCGUACUGUGGUACCAGAUUAGCUGUGGGCAUCAGGGCACACAAGUCCAGUCCUAAAGACGUGCAGUACUCUUGAUGUUUGCUUCUUCCUGGCACUGGAGAGCCCGGCGCUGCAGUUUCCAGACUCCAGCCAUGUAUUUAACUUCCAUUAGCGAAACACAAACCAUUAUAGGUCUAACAUUGUUCCUGAGAAACAAUGCUGAUGGCUGUUUAAGUUUAAGUUUAAUUGGUUUCGCAAACUCUGUUGCAGUUCUGUUUGAAAGACGUGCAGUUCUCUCUGCACCUCUGAAUUCUGAUCUCAAGAAAAAAACGUGAUAUUGAACUCAGUUCUGUCUAUGUUCAUAAGACAAAAUUCAACGUUCUAAUAUGGAAUGGGACAAAAUGCACUGUGAGACAUGUUUUAAAGAAGGAUCGGGUGGCGUCUUAACUGUAUAUAAUGUCCCACUAAGAAAUAUUUUAUUGAGUAACCCAAAAUCAACUUUUUUCAAAAGGACUUCCAAAAGGAAUGUUAGGCAGUAAGCAUGAUACUCACUUCAAAAUAUGUAUAUAUUUGGACACUUCACUUGCAGGUGUUAUUGAGGGAAAAGCCUAUUUUUUCAGUGAAAGUUUUCAAAAAAAUGUAUCCCAGUGUCUUCUCCUGUGUGUCUGUAACUUAAUAAGUCCAGGUUAAAGCCAAAUUUUCUCAUCAGCUUUAGGUUCUUUCCUUCAGAAUAAAUCCCAUCCCCUGCUGCUCCUUCUCCGACCUUUCUGUGUUUUGUACAACUUACUACGAAUUUUUAUUCAUAGUUUUUUCUUCUUGUUACUUGUGUUUCUUGUUGCUUGCCAUUUGUUUUCAUAUAGCACAACUAUAUUCCGAUCUGUAACUUAGAAUGUGAGCUCACGUUGUGCAUAGGUCAUAUCUUAUCACUGCUGCACCUUAGGAGACUGUUGUAUAUGCUUUAGGACACUGGAAAUCAGUGCACUAUUCUACUUUUUUUAUGUUAUUACUUUAUGUUUUGUCAUGGAAAUUAUAUGCCCAAAUGAAUUCAUUAUUCUAUUAUUAUUCUAAGAUAUUUGAAUUAUUACUCUGUUGUGGAUGAUUCCGAAUAGCAGUUCACCUGACUAACUGAUGGCCAGAGUUUGCACCUCAUGCACUUAUAGGGGGGGUAUUUUCUCCCAACCUAAAUAACACACUUUAUUCAGCCAACUGAGGUCUUUAUGCAGUGUUUAUCAUGUUUAUGUUUUAGUCCUCUGAAGGUGUAAUGUUACAUAAUCAUUAUUUCCGUUUGUAUGUUUUACUUUACAAUGUCAGUUAUACCCCAUUUUCUUUUCUUUUUUCUACUGGAACAUUCUUAUUAACUGCAAUAUGCUUGUUAAUGUUGUCCAGCAUUUCUAAAUAACCAAUUGAGGGACUUUGGUUGGUGUGGCUAUACAUGCAAAGUAUGUUUUGUUUUUUUCCGACAAUAAUAAAAUAUGAUUUAAAACAAUA